GAGGCGGCACCCGCAGCCCCCCGCAGCUCCCCGCAGCUCCCCGCAGCCCCGCGCGCCUGCGACCAUAGCGGCCGCCCGGGCAGGAAGAGGAGGAGGAGGAGGAGGGGGGAGGUGACAAACUCUCCGGCUCCGCGCGGCGGCGGCCGGCAGCCCGCGGUCAGGCAUGCAGGCGCGGCGUCUAGCCAAGCGCUCCAGCCUGGGCAGCCGCCGGGGGAGCGCCGCGCUGCAGCCGCCCGGCCCCGCGCCCGCGCCGGCCCGGGAAGGCGCGCUGCCUGGGCUCCCGCCCCCCGCCCCGGCCCCGGCCCCGGCCCCGGCGCCGGCCCCGGAGAGCUGGAGGCCGCCGCUACCAACGCCGCGCAGCGCCGGGACCGGCCCCCCUCGGGCCGCCGGGGCCGCCGCCGCCUCGUCUCCGGUGCUGCUGCUGCUAGGGGAGGAAGACGAGGACGAGGAAGGCGGGAGCAGGCGGCGGAGGGGGCUCGGGCGGGUACAGGCAAAGCCCCGAGGGGGAGCGGAGGAGGAGGAUGACGACGAGGAAGACGAGGACGAGGAGGUGGUCGUCGAGGUGGUGGACGGCGAAGACGACGACGAGGACGCCGAGGAACGCUUCGUGGCCCUCGGCCCCGGCCGCGCGCUUCCCAAGGGCCCGGCCCGGGGCACAUUGAAGGUGGGGAGCAUUAAGCGGGAAAUGACCUUCACAUUUCAACCAGAGGACUUAAAACGUGACUCUAGUAAAAAAAUGUCUCAUCAACACUUGUUCCCCUUGGCCAUGGAGGAAGAUGUGAAAACAGCAGACACCAAAAAAGCCAACCGAGCCCUUGACCAUGAAAAAGAAAACACUCGCUCCAUCUGUCUCCUUGAGCAAAAACGAAAAGUUGUUUCUUCCAAUAUUGACGUUCCUCCAGCAAGGAAAUCUUCAGAGGAACUAGACAUGGACAAGGUGACAGCAGCAAUGGUACUGACCAGCUUGUCCACCAGCCCUUUGGUUCGAAGCCCUCCUGUGCGACAGAAUGAGGGCCUGAGUGGAUCCUGGAAGGAGGGGGGCGGCGUGCCUUCCAGCACCAGCAGCAGCGGCUACUGGAGCUGGAGCGCCCCCAGCGACCAGUCCAACCCGUCCACGCCGUCGCCGCCCCUGUCCGCCGACAGCUUCAAGCCCUUCCGCAGCCCCGCGCCCACGGACGACGGCAUCGACGAGGCGGAGGCCAGCAACCUUCUCUUUGACGAGCCCAUUCCCAGGAAACGAAAGAACUCCAUGAAGGUGAUGUUCAAAUGCCUCUGGAAAAACUGUGGGAAGGUGCUGAGCACUGCCGCGGGUAUCCAGAAGCACAUCCGGACCAUUCAUCUUGGGCGUGUUGGGGAAUCUGACUACAGUGAUGGAGAAGAAGACUUUUACUACACUGAGAUCAAGCUCAACACAGACUCGGUGGCAGACGGACUGAGCAGCCUGGCCCCGGUUUCGCCCUCCCAGUCCCUGGCUUCACCCCCUACCUUCCCCGUCCCAGAUUCCAGCCGAAUAGAAACUCCUUGUGCCAAAAGCGAGACAAAAUUGAUGACACCCUUGAGCCGCUCUGCUCCCACCACCCUCUACCUCGUGCACACCGAUCACGCUUAUCAGGCCACACCCCCCGUGACCAUUCCGGGAUCGGCCAAGUUCACCCCCAAUGGCAGUAGCUUCAGCAUUUCUUGGCAGUCGCCUCCAGUUACCUUCACGGGCAUUCCUGUGUCACCAACUCACAGUCACCCAGUGGGCACAGGAGAGCAGAGACAGCACACUCACACCGUCUUGUCGUCCCCGCCCAGAGGGACAGUCAGCCUGAGGAAGCCCAGGGGAGAGGGCAAAAAGUGCCGCAAGGUGUACGGCAUGGAGAACCGCGACAUGUGGUGCACCGCCUGCCGCUGGAAGAAGGCCUGCCAGCGGUUCACUGACUGAAGCCCCGGCCACCCGCCGCCGGGGCUGGCGUCCCAGACACUCCUGCCCUCGCCUUCCGCCGAGGGUUCUGGAAAGCGCUUUUCCUUCUGAACAAAACACACUUGAAGCCCAGGAAAAGCACUUCCAGGAAGCUUGGUGAAAUUACAGCAAAAACAUUCAAAAUGAAAAGGUCACCGCCCUUACUGUUCUUGCUGAGAAUCCAUCCGACAGCAGCUGGAACUCUUUUUUUCUUCCUUGAAAAGCAAAGUCAACUGUUUUUUUUUCUGUUUGUCUUGGUCUGAAAACUGUGGGCUGCUGUAGCCACUGAACCAAUCAAGCCCAUUUUACCUAGAAAGGAGGCCUGUUUUGAUAAUGCCCUUUCUGAGAUUUUUUUUUUUUUUUUUUACAAAAUACAUACAUAAAUAAAGGCUACACGUUACUAUGUGACUUGGUAGCGUUUGUACAAAGAAUGAUACCUGCUCUCAUUGUGAAUAGUCAUUUUCCUGUUCUCCAUUGGACUUGUGGCAACAGUACACAUUGUGAUGCGUUGCCAGGAAGGGGCAGUGCUCUGGGCAUCUUUUCUAGGUCUCCUUUGUUGGUUUUGUUUGGAUGGAUGGCCCCAAACUGAACCAUGGUUAGAGCUGUUAGCUUGAAGGACCCCGGAUGGCAUCAGCUCGAAAAGAGAUUGACAGUGGACAUCACCAGCAGACUUCAGCGCCUGCUAAGUCCAGGACAUCCCGCUGUCACUGUUGGGAAACGUCUGGGAGUCUCUGAGAGAUGGCGCGGCCGGUUCUCUCCUGCCGCAGUGCAGUCAAGCCCUGGCACGCACCGCCAUCAGGGUACGUCUGGAAGCUUCCUCCAGGGAUGUGAUGCCCUCCACAGCUUGGAUCUCUUCAUCACAGCUGACAGUUGUGGCCCGGUCCAUGGCUCAUCCGGCCUUCCCUCAAAACGCCACCGCUGACUGGUCUCAGAAAAGGCAGAGAACUACAGACUAUUCCAGCAAAUUUGCUUCAGCGCACAGCCGACACGUCCCCAUCUGUUCAGAGAGUCAUGUGAGGUCAACAUUCACUCCGAGUGCACUUUUAUGGGUUUUAUGCUUUAGCAUGUCUGGGAGAUGGGUUCGUGAACGAUAGAGAUUAUAUGGGGAAAGGGAAGGUCCAAACCUUUAUUUUUAUCAAAAUACUGGGUAAGAUAGUCAUUAAGAAUUCGCUCAGAAGGAAAUGCACAGGACACCAAAAGGAAAAUGUGUUGGUAUAGGAAUCUCACAAUUUAGUAGGACCAGGGCUUGCACUGUGUUCCAUUGAUUAGACUUUCUAGCCUGGUGUGUGUUUGUUUGUUUGUUUGUCUUAGUGGUAGUGGUGCAGGGACAGGGGAGUAGUUGUCAAGCCCUCUAAACAAGCUCAUUCUCUAGCUACCCUACUGUUGAUUGCCCUGCUAAAGUUACUUCUCCUAUACCUAUGCAAAGAAAUAAGAGCACCUUAUAGGAUGCACUGUGUUGGGACGGGGGCCUAGGAUCAGCCAUAGGAAUGCUAAAUGAAAUUGCACAGAGCAAAGUUUAAUAUAUUUAGAGAUUGUACAUACACUUUUUUUGAAAGAGUAGAAAGAAGUCAUCGAGUCAUAACAGAUCACCUUUUUUCUUUUUUUUUUUUUAAUAAGCAAGGGAGAGAGAAGGAGGUUCUAGCAUGUAACAUCUACAAUCUGUGCGUUCAUAUAUUUUGGCAAUUUUAUUUUUUAAACUCUCACGUGACAUUUUUAAACAUUACUCCUUGAAAGAGAUCCUAUUUUCCUCCCUCGUUUAUUUAUUUUUUUUCUUUCAGAACAGUCUCUGCAAGAGAGCAGAGAGAGAGUGCUUCGCUGACUGUCACAUUAUGAUUAGCCUUCAGUAUAGCACCAGCUAUAAUGUAUGUUUUAGCACUGAUGAGCCUGGCCAGGAAAGGGUUUUGAUUUUUUGGUUUUUUGGGUUUUUUUGUUGGUGGUGGUGGUGGUUGGUUGGUUUUGGCUGCCCCAUGGCAUAUGGAGCUCUGGGUCCAGGGAUCAGAUCCGAGCUAUAGCCGUGAACUAAACUACAGCUGCAGUGAUGCUGGAUCCUUAACUCACUGUGCUGGGGUGGGGAUCGAACCCACCUCCCAGCAUCCCCAAGACCCUGCCAAUCCCAUUGCACCACAGUGGGAACUCCAAGAAAUGGUUUUUUUAAGUGCAAAAAGGUAUCUUCAUCCUCCCUCUCAGCCUGUCUUUUCUCCUCCCUGGUGUUCUGACAUUUCCCCCUCAGGCACCUUGGUGAUGCUGAGGGCUGGUCCCAGAGACCCUGUGCUGUGGCUGGAUUGCCCAGUGGCCUUGAUGAGUCCAGGGCUGGUCAGCCAUUUGAGCAGGUUCACCGUGUGCUUAAAUGACAGUUGGGGGUGCAAUCUGGAGCAGAGGGUUUUCUCUUCAGCAAAGCUCCAUGAUGCUUGAUCCUUGAAUUAAGUCACUAACCAGAAGAAAUUGAAGUGAGGAGGAGCUAGAUCCAUCUCCCGCUCCCCUCCCCAGAACUGUGGGACACAAGGAAGGAGAAGGGGUGGCUGUGAAGAAGUCCUGGAGCAAGACUUUGUGGCCCUGCCGCCAUGGGUGCAGCCCAAGGCCGGGUCUGAGCUCUGGCCCAGCUGAGCCAAGAUCAGUCUUUCCCCAGUGAUUAGCUGAUGCCUAGAGGUAUAAGCAGAAGCAUAAAGUUGAAUGCGGCUUCCCUGGGCUUUCUUCUCCUUUCUAGAGCCUUCUUCACACACAUUUUCUGCAUUUCCCACCCAUGAAGGGUACCUUUCUGCUGGCCAGCCGGGCACGCUGCAUGCCCUCUUCUCUAGCUCCCAGGUGGACACAGACCCCCAGUACUUCCUGCACGCAGACAUCCGUUCCCUGUACCAAGGCAUGUAAUGACUAGGGGAUCACCAGGCUUCCCCUGGAGCCUAGAAGAAAAGGGAUGAAACUUCUUGCGGGCCACCCAGAAAGCUGCAAAUUGCAAUAUACAGCGAUGAUUGUAAACACUACAUUUAAAAAAAAAAAAAAAAAAAAAAGGAGCGCUAUUUUGUUAUAUUUUGGAAUGAAGUGCCAAAUGAAGCCCAAGUUUCAUUUUAUGCCUUCUCUGUGGUGCCACGUUCUUUUUUGUCUUCAUUUGGCCCCAGGGGAGGAGGGAGGCAGGUGGAAAGGGAGGUCCCAGAGCAAAGGUGCUGCUUAAUGGGAACACCUUCCAUCCCUCAGAGACCCACCUGGGCAAAAGGAAUGGCAGUUCAAUGAGUGCUGGUCUCAAAGCCAUUCUAAAGAAGGCAUGUGGCAGCCUCUGACAUUUCCCUUCCUGCAGAAAAGAUGUCACCUUGCUCUGCAAAGAAGGCAUUUCCUGGUGAUGGACAGGCAUUCUCCAGAGAGCUGCACAGCAGAGAGAGCUGGCUUAUCAGGCAUCAGUCAUUUUAAACCUUAGUUCUUCUUGGAGGAUGUGCGCCCAGUUUAUGGGAGGCAGUGUGACCACCUGGAGGAAACACCUGGGUGGCAAGUGGGUGGGGAGCCAGAGAUGAGAUGCAGGAGGGCUGUGGACACCUGGCCCCGGCUCACUUUUUUAGUGCCGAUUGGCCGGUGGUGACUAUCCCUGGGCACCUCUAAGGGAGUUGCCGUCUUCCUGCCCUGACAGUGGCUGCUGGAAGCAAAGAAAGAGCUCCCUUGCAGGAGGCGCUCAGGCCACAGAUGCAGGACUCCCGUGUGCUUCUCAGGUGGGCACAGACUGCUCCCUGACUCAUUUGCUGCAAAGCUUCCUCCCUUGUUGGGCAAAAGGCGAUGUCAGGAAGAGGGCAGCAUGUUUCUGAGCAGGAAUGUGCAGUGCCCCUUGGCAGCUCUGUGCACCAGCAGGGUGGGGGCCUUUUAGGAGAGGAUUCCUUGUCUAGUAGGUAACUGUGUUGAAAACUUUCAACAGAUGCCUGUUACAGUUUGUUACAGUCUCUUGGGCUUUCAGUUUCAUGUAUGUUGCAAAAGAUUUCUGAAACGGACAUGCCCUCUAUCCCAAUUUCAAGUUCACUUGAGUAGAAGUCGGCUGUCACAGGUGUCACAUGAAGCCACACUUGAAAGCAGCCCUGGGUUCUGAAUGAGCCAGCACUGCAGAACCCAAUCCUGCCGUCACCUGACUUCAAUGGAAAAGGAAAGCGCAGCAUUCAUUUGGGAAUAUUUAGAGAAGAGUGGCAAGGGUUGUGUGUAUGAGAGAGAUUACCUUGAGAAUAGUAGCAGAAUACUGUAAAAAAAUAUUCAUUUCCUCAGGGAAAACUAAAGGGUAUGUGAAAAAUAGAUCUGGAGGUUCCUAAGACUAGAAAGGCUUUUAUUAUCUCCAGCGUCUUUUCUAGCAGAACAGUUCUUUGUUUGUUUGUUUGUUUGUCUUUGAAUGAACAUCAUAGCGUUUCAAGACAAAUUGCCAUGAACUGGACGGUACCGACUUUUUGAGGUGUGGAGGAAUGUUCUAUGAAACAGAGCAGUUUCUUUGUAUCUUAGACCUAGUCUGAGGCUGACAUCUGAACCGCAGUGCAGUCCCUCGUGGGUGUUCCCAGACUCACAUCAGGCUGUUUCUGAAUGUAGUUGUUGAGUAUGACACCUUGGUGUUCCUUUUUAUAAUCAACUGGAUGGACAGCUGGUUAUUAGCUAUCCGCAGAAUUCUGUAGGUGAAGGACAUGAAAGAUGUGCAUUUUGCUUUAAUAGCAUGUUAAGGAGCAAACUUCCAUGGACAUUUGUGGACAAGGUGCUGCUUUUCUUCAUGACCCUGUAGAGUUUCUAUUGACCACAUCAACUGUAGCUCUGACCUGUAUGAAUGCAGGGAAGAAUGUGUACAUACAAAUGAGUGGAAACAAAGCAGACAUCAUGAAUAUGGAUGAGGACGUGGAUCAUUCUGGAGAAUGCGCUGGGCCCACGGGUCAACUGGAAAUUUCAUUUCUCUUAAGAAAAUAACCCAACCAGCGGCACACACGCUCUCCCCACCCCCGACCCUGUGGGGGUGCCUCCAUAGCAGAACUGUUUCCUUCUGUCUUUUGCAUUGUAGCUAGUCAAACCAGAAGUCAGUAAAUACCAUGAGAUUAGCACUUCUAGAUACCAAUUGUGUCACUAAGUAAGGCACACCCAUAGAGCAAGAAAGGAUAAGAUGUGUUUAAGACCAACUGGUUUGCUUCUCGUGACUGACUUUGAAAAAGCCCAGAUCCAAUGAUAUACAUGCUUUAAAAGGUGUAUCUAUCAAAGGACCAGAAAUGAAAAUGGGAAUUUUACUUCUGGUCCUGUUUUGUAAAUAGUUCCUCUUUUUUUGAAGACAAUCUCAUGUUUUAUAACUUUUCUUGUGAGUCUGAGAAUCACAAUGGCAAUGUGUUGUGUCAAAAUGUAAUCUUAAAUACAAGAAUGAUUAUAACUUAAUUUUCCAAAUAAGACAAGAAAUAUACUGCUUAGGCUUCCA